UUCGCUCUAACAUCAUACUCUGUUGAGUCAUUGUACAAAGGUAGAUUAUUUGGGUAAUGGCAUACUUAAAUUAGUUCACAGAUUUGUUCUCAUGCCAUUAAAAGGUUAAUUUUGUGCAUAAUUGCUCAACCUUACAAUGCAAACCUUUGUAGUUGGCAAUGCUCAAGGUCUAGCCAUGAAUUUAUUGUGUGCUGGAAUUGCUCAGUGAUUGGGUUUGUGGUUUACUACGGGGUACGGGAUUUGGUUGGUUCAGAACUAGUUACCCACUUAAUAGCAAUUGUUAGUGUUAUACUAUAUUAGAUGCACCCAGGAACUAUCUUUUAAGUAAUUUUAAUGUUCGUAAGUGUCGUUAUGCAGCUAUAAUGAAUGAAAGAAACACUCAAAUUGCGGAAAAAUUUCCUUUUGAAGUAGAAGUAGACAAGGGUGUGAAUGUAUUUAGUUGGCAGUUCGAGUUAAUGAGGUCAAAUGAAUAGUAUGGGCUAUUGGACGAGAACCACUGAAAAUAGGCCAGUGAUGCUUAAGAGGAAUAUAAGAAUAGCAGAUUUCCAAAUAGAAAUAUACACGGUAUGUAGAACUACAUAUUGGUACGCCUAAAAAAGGAUUAUGAAGGUUUGUCCCAAAAUGGAAUGAUUGGAAUAGUUAGUUGAAGAUAUGUGCAAAACCAUACAGAAAGUGUACUCCGCAUUUACAUGGUAAUUCUAAAAUUGUGAGUUAAAACUAGUCAUCUUAAUCCAGAUUAAUUUUCUCAUGAAACAAUUUAGCUGUACUACUACAAAAGAUUGAAUUCAUAUUGUAUAGCUAUGAAAAAGGUAACAUAAGUACUCUUCAAAACAUCACAUCAUGUCUACGAGAAUUGUAGAAAAUGGCUCCAUAGUCCAAUGCAAAAGCUUUCAAUAUUGUUAUUUCAAACUAAGGUCGUAUCUAUGUAAUGUAGCAAUAUCACUGGAAUUUGAGAGGAAACAGUUCAAUAUCUUCGCUUGUCGUAAUUCGUAUGGAGGAGAUGGCGCUUGCGACCUAUUGGUGUUAACCUUUCUAUACGAAGAUAUUCCAGGGGCAUCAUCUCAGCGCUCCAUGGCCUCACUGCUAAAGCGAUUCAGCGAUGUAGCACAGUCGCCAAAAGGGUGCCGCUACAACCCAGAGAGAUCCGGCGUCGGUAUUGUCUCAGCUAUUAUGGAACCAACCGCUACACGCCUACGCAUGGUCCGGCCUCUCAUCCACACCAACGCGCGUGAGAUCCUAGAGGUUACACUACCGAACCUCUGUUGGAGCAAUAGGAGGCCAUUCCGAGCAGCCAUACUGUCAUGCGGUCUAUGCCGCAGGUGGAUCGGUAGUGGCACCAUCUAUAUGUUCAAAGGUGAGAUGGGAUUUUGUAAACAGGAGUGUCUCUUCGACUAUAUCGUGGAGCAAUUGGAAAAAGAGACACAGAGGGUGAGAUGGUGUGGAAGAGAAAAGGUGCCAACAAUGGAGGACAAGGAAGGCGACCAGAGCUGCAUUUUCUUCACCCGCGCUGGCAGCCUAUGAUGCACCUACAUCUAUGUUUGAGAGAUGUAUGGGAUUAGAAGGACUGGAACCUAUUUUUCACAACUGUAUAACUUUGUGCUUUUGUAAGUAUAGAACACCUGAUGGUUAGUAAAUAGCAAUACACUUUUGAUCAUGGCA